AUUGGUGCCAACCCCUUGUAUUGUGACUGCCGCCUGCGCUGGCUGUCUGACUGGGUAAAGACUGGGUACAAGGAGCCUGGCAUCGCCCGCUGUGCCGGCCCACAGGGAAUGGAGGGCAAACUGCUCCUCACAACACCUGCAAAGAAGUUUGAAUGUGGAGGUGAUGUGGACAAUUCAGUGUUGGCCAAGUGCAACCCCUGUCUGUCCAGUCCCUGUCUGAACCAAGGCAUCUGCCACAGCGACCUGGUGGACAUCUACAGGUGCAGCUGUCCUCCAGGAUUUAAGGGUAAGAACUGCGAGACUGGUCUGAACGCCUGUGUGAGUAACCCAUGUGCCAACGGAGGAACCUGUCAAGUGAAUGAGGAUGAUGAGGGAGAAUACAGUUGCACGUGUUUACUGGGCUUCGAGGGCCCCACUUGCCAAACCAACAUUGACGACUGCGAAGACAACGACUGCGAGAACGGAGCGACCUGCAUCGACGGGGUCAACAACUACACUUGUUUUUGUCCCCCCUACUACACAGGGGAGAUGUGCGAAGAAAUGGAAGAUGUGUGCGCCCCUGGACGGAGCCCCUGCCAACAUCAGUCUACCUGCCUCAUCACCUCGACUGGACCCAAAUGUGUGUGCUCUCCUGGUUAUGUCGGUGAUGACUGCAGUGUGGACUACAAUGACUGCGAGGAGCAUCGCUGUCAGAACGGAGCUCAGUGUGUGGAUGAGCUAAAUGGAUACUCCUGCAUCUGUGCUGAAGGAUACAGCGGCCAGCUGUGUGAGGUUCCUCCGUCUCCACUGUCCCUGUGUGAGCUGGCCGACUGCCAGAACAACGCCCCCUGUGUGGAGCGAGGUGGGCGUGCCCUCUGCCAGUGUCCUCCAGAGUUUGGGGGGCCACGUUGUGAAAAGCUGGUCAGCGUCAACUUCAUCGACAGAGACUCCUACCUGCUGCUCUCUGACCUCAAGAACUGGCCUCAAGCGAACAUCACCCUACAGGUGUCAACAGCUGAGGACAAUGGCAUCCUCCUGUACAAUGGAGACAAUGAUCACAUUGCAGUGGAGCUCUACCAAGGCCAUGUCAAGGUCAGCUAUGACCCCGGCAGCCAGCCAGGACACGCUAUAUACAGCACUGAAACUAUCAACGAUGGUCAGUUCCACACAGUGGAGCUGGUGACCUUCGACCAGAUGGUGAACCUGUCUAUUGACGGGGGUCUCCCUACCACAAUGGACAGCUUUGGGGCGGUGCGGCCCCUCAACGGGGAGGCUCCACUAUACGUGGGGGGCAUGCCUGUGGACGUACACUCUGGCACCUUCCGUCUGUGGCAGAUCCAGAACGGUUCCAGUUUCCAUGGCUGUAUCCAGAACCUGUACAUCAACAACGAGCUCCAGGACUUCACCAAGACCCAGAUGAAGCCCGGCGUGGUACCGGGCUGCGAGCCCUGCAAGAAGCUCUACUGUGUACAUGGCAUCUGCCAACCUGAUGGGGUCCAGGGACCGGUGUGCCACUGCCAGCCAGGCUGGAGCGGGGCGCACUGUGACCAGCCUGCCACUAACCCCUGCCAGGGCAGCAAAUGUGUCCAUGGAAAGUGCAUCCCACUGGACGCUCAGUCGUACCGCUGUGAGUGUAUGGAGGGUUACCGCGGCGCCCUGUGCAACCAGCAGGGCGAGCUGUUCAACCCCUGCCGUCGCCUGUCCUGCAAGCACGGUCGCUGCCAGAUCUCGGACACAGGAGAUGCGUACUGUCACUGUGAAAGUGGCUACACCGGGGAGCUCUGUGAUGCAGAGUCCGAGUGCCGAGGGGAACCUGUGCGAGACUUCUACCAGGUACAGCGAGGAUACGCUAUCUGCCAGACAACACGCAUGGUCUCUUGGGUGGAGUGCACCGGGGCCUGCGACACGGGGGCCUGCUGCGCCAGUCAGAGAAUGAAACGCCGGAAAUACACCUUCGAAUGCAGCGAUGGAACCUCCUUCAGCGAGGAAGUGGAAAAGACCAUCAAGUGCGGCUGCGUGGGCUGCAUGUAGCACCAUUCACUCACAUUUCCUGCCACUGCUGCAGCGCAGAAGAUGGAAAGAAAGUAAGGAAGGAAGGAAGGAAAGAAGGAAGAGAGAAGACUGGAGCAAAGCAAAGGAGGGAAAGAAAGAAAGAGAGAGAUUAUAAAGAAUAUAUAUAAAACCUCUAUCUAUAUAUUAUGGACAACAAUGUUUGUAAAAUAGGACAUUUCCUCCCCUUCCAAGGGUGUGUGACCUACAGUAACACAGAGAAACCAACAUCAACAAUGUAGAAGUGACAACAACAGCAACAAAACCAUUGUAUCUGCAACAUUGCUCCAAGGGGUCCAGAGAUUUUAAAGGUGUUGCGCUCCGAGUGAGGCAUCCCUCCAACCCAAAUUAUCCAGUGUGAAUUCCCCAUCCAUCAGUGAGGCCUCUGACAGCCUAGCCACCAUCUACCAUCUUUACUCCGUGGAGGCAGCGAGGACAGCGGGGUCCAGCCUGGCUAAGAACGACAGAACAGGCAGAGAAAGACGAAAAAACAAAAAAAAGAAGGGAAAAGCUCAAGAGGGAUAAGAAGAGAGCUGGACCGUUUGACUUGGCAAAGCUAUCUUGAGUUGAGCUUGGCUGGGUUGCCUGGACUUGGGCUGGAUAUGGUUUGGGUUGAGUUAAAGUUGUUGUUGGUUUGGUGUAGCAAUUUCUCUGCCAGGAUACAGUCAUCCAUCCACACAUGUACACGCAGAAGUGAAGAGAAAGAAAGAAAACGUAGGGUUAGAGCGGCACAUAAUCCUGUGCAGAUGUCGUGGCUGCGAGGCGAGGUGGUCUGGUGUCACAGUCGUUUUGCUGUGUGGUACCGUAACAUAGAAACUCCAUAUAAAAAUAGAGACUGCACUGACUAGCAGCACUGAAAACAACAGUUCAUCCACCUCUCUGAAGCACAUGAUCACACAUGCAUGGCAUACAUACAUUUUGACACACAACGUGAGAGGGCUUGUGUGGUGCAACUACUCUAUUCUGUUCCUACAGCAGACCAAUCCGGCGCUGGCAGUGCCCCCCGUGGUUAUCAGCCCCCCCAGCAUGUAUUGCCUCAGGGUUAGGGUGAUUUGCAGAAACCCGCCCCCCUUUUGAGCAGGAGGCCGAUUAGCCCUGCUCCUUUUGAUGCCUGCAGUAUUAAACUUGUGCAAACUGUUGCAUGUGUGGAGAAGAGUUUGCCAACAACUAUGUAGAACUUCUUAAUAUCAUUAUAAAUGUUACUACGAAACAAAAGGUUGCAGAAUCAUCUUCUGAGUUUUGUUUUGUUUCUGUCUAAUUUCUCAUAUUGAUUUAUUUUUAUUUUUGUUAUAUUUUUUUGUUAUAUUUUGUCUCAUGAUGUAACCUAACUCCUUUAGCUGCCCCAAACCUUCCCCUACAACCCUUUAUAUAGAAAUGCCUAACAGAUUCUAAUAUAUAUAUAUAUUUGUAUUUCAUUUUGGUAUAGUAUUUUUCUAUGUUAAAGAGUAAGUCUGUUUCUGGAAGCUUUGGGACUGGUGGAAAGGCAUUCAGUUGGUUCCCGAGGUGUUUUUAUUUGUUGAUCUCACUUGCUCCAACAAGGUAAUUAAUUACGUUAAUUGGCCAAAAAUGCAGCAGCUGGUUGGCCUUGUUGUAUAGGAGGCAGUAUUGGUCUAGAAAUAUGUUUAAUAUUGUAUAUGUUGUCUUCCAUGUGAAUAUUACAUCUAAUUCAUGAGAGUCUGUGCUUGUUUUUAUUUAUUUUAUCUAAAGGCGUUUUUCCUGUAGAAAGUGAAAAGCAUAAAUGUUGCUGGCAUUCAGAUAUUUUCCAAAAUUUAAAAAAAAAAGAUUUUAAAAAAGGCAAAAAUAAUUAAGAAAAAAAAAAUAGCAUAAAAAAUCUGUAAGGUAUUUGUUACAUCACUUAAUAGCGAGUUACGGCAGUGUUUUUCCUCCUCUCUGGCUCAGACAUUCCUCAUUUUGCUGCAGGGGCUGGAGAGUUCAGAGAUUAAGAGAUGUCCCCCUCAAACUCACCUGGUGAUUGAACACACCACACUUCAAGGCUUCCGAUUGUUUUCAUGUUCAUUUUUUUUGUUGAAGUGUGCAUUUCUAUCAUUUGAAUCUUGAGAGACGUUUGCCACGGAAAGGAGGUGCUUUUAGUUCAACAGAGUGAAAGUAGUCAAGCUCAACUGAUCAUAAGCUGCUGUCAAGCCAGAAGAAACAGGAUGAAGUUGCCUCUGUGGACAAUGAUCAUGUUAAGGUAUAAUCAUCCUAGAUCUCUUCGCACAGGCAACUGUGUGAAGCAUUACAUGCCUACUACUGACAGAUAAUAAACGAGAAAGGUCUGGACAUUUUCAGUCUGUCAGUACUGACUGGCUAUCCAUACAGAAAAAAAAAGAAGAAAUGGUGCCAAUUACAGUGAACAGUCAUACCUGAAUGUAUAAAUGUGUAUAGAUAAAUAUGACCUAUGCUUAUUCAUGAAGUGGUAACUUUUAGCUGUUAUUUAGUUUCCAAUGUAAGAUAUAGAAAUCACAUCCUGUUGAAGAAGUGACAGUCCAUCGGGAUGGCGUAAGGCAUUGUUCUCCCUGCAGAUUGGGAUUGUGUUUAUCCAUUUUGCUGAUCUAAAUGUUAAAAAGUCUCUUUAUAGUGUGAAAGGCUGCAGACCCAGAUCUCAGCUCGGUACAAUGUCACAUCACAGAGCUCCUAUUCAUAUUGCUACCCAUUUGUUUUACAUGCUGUUGAUGUGAUCCCAGUGGUGUACAAUAACAUUAAAGAAGAUCUCAUAAAGGAUACUGAUGAACAGUCACUGUAAUACUUAGGCUGUGCGCCUCCUAAAGGUGCAUAUUUAGUCGAAUGUGACUUUCUUUUCAUGUCUCCUUUCCUUCCUCUGCACUGAUCUGUACUGGACUGGUGCAUUCAACUUCCUGGUAGACAUCUUAGUGGUGCUUGUGCUAUAUUGAGAUGUAAUUCAGUUGUCUGGUCACCUGACCAGAAACACAGAUUUUCCAUCCUAUGAACUAUAUACAUAAUUGUUAUUGUGAACAACACAAUGUCUCUGUUGUAUUGAAAUGGUGCAAAAACUUAAGAAAUAUCCCUGGUUGGGUUCUGUCUAUUUGCUUUUAUGUUACAGGACUGAUGGUGGGAUUGAACUGAAAAACUCAAUAAUGCUGAAUGUAUGUAGUGCCACCGACAAAAUGUUUACCAAACCUCCACUCUUUUCAUUAAUUAAACUUAAAUGUGUGUGCUUUUAA